AUGAACGGUGGGAUUCCGACUGUUAUCGGUGCCACCGGCACUCAGGGUGGCUCUGUUGUUGCCGCGGCGUUAUCAUCUGGAAACUACAAGAUCCGUGUUGUGACUCGUGCUAUCAAUAGCGACACAUCAAAAGUAUUGAUGUUGAAUGGUGUCGUGGUGGUCGUAGCUGACUGGAAUGACGAACAGAGCCUUGUCAAAACUUCCGAGGGGUCAUACGCCAUCUACGUCGAGACUGACUUCUGGGAUAGCUUCGUGACUCAAAGCAUCGAAGACACUAUCGAGCUGGAAGCGAAGCAGGGAAUAAACAUGGGGAAAGCGGCUGCUUAG